AGGCAGGCAGGCCGGGAAGGGAAGGGAAGGGAAGGGAAGGGGCAAGGGCUCGCGCGUGCCUCCGUCGCCAGGGCGCUCCUUCCCCGGGGAAAGUGCAGGCGGAAGAGCGCGGCAGAGCCUGGUGGGGCGGAGUGGCCCCUCCUCUGCCCGGAGUCCGAGGGGCCAAGCUUUCCCCUCCUCCUCCUCCUCCUCCUCCUCCUCCUCUUCCUCGCUGCCCUCCGCCGCAACAACCCUCUCGCCAUGUCGACGGCAGGAGACUUCGGCAACCCUCUCCGGAAAUUCAAGCUGGUCUUCCUAGGCGAGCAGAGCGUUGGGAAGACAUCCCUGAUCACAAGAUUCAUGUAUGACAGUUUUGAUAACACAUACCAGGCUACAAUUGGAAUUGACUUCUUAUCUAAAACCAUGUACUUGGAAGACCGGACAGUUCGGUUGCAGCUCUGGGACACAGCAGGCCAGGAGAGAUUCCGAAGCUUGAUCCCCAGUUACAUUCGAGACUCCACAGUAGCUGUGGUGGUCUAUGACAUUACAAAUCUGAACUCCUUCCAGCAAACAUCCAAAUGGAUUGAUGAUGUCAGAACAGAAAGAGGAAGUGAUGUCAUCAUUAUGUUAGUGGGCAAUAAAACAGAUCUUGCAGAUAAGAGGCAAAUAACAAUUGAAGAAGGAGAACAGAGAGCUAAAGAGCUGAAUGUCAUGUUUAUUGAGACAAGUGCAAAAACAGGAUACAAUGUGAAACAGCUCUUCCGACGUGUUGCCUCAGCUCUGCCAGGAAUGGAGAGUGUGCAAGAGAAGAGCAAAGAAGGGAUGAUUGACAUCAAACUGGACAAACCACAGGAACCACCAGCCAGUGAAGGAGGCUGUUCUUGUUAAUGCUAAGCGCAGGAUUCGUCAGCUCCAUUUGACACCACACGCUUGUUGUGUUGCUUCCUAUUGGUUAGCUUUCUAAUACAAAUUGAGUUCUUGGAUGGGGAGGAUUUCUUUUCUCUCUAGGGAGGGGGUGGGUGGCAAGGAUCAGAAUACUUGAUUCAACAGCCAAUACUAUUUUCUUUUUUGGUUUAGUUGUAAUAUAUUGUACUUUAUUAAAAAUGCCAAAACAAUUCAGAAUUUUAAACAAGACACUUUAAUUGUGUGUGUAUACAAUUUUCAGCCGUGGGGAUGUAUAUCCUUUUUUGGGUACCUUUUUUUUAAUUGUAUAUUUGUAAACUUACAGAGAAAUCCCCAAGAUUAUACAGGCUGGUUAGUUUCAGUGUUUGGCAUAAAUUGUAGACAUAUCUUUUAGUGAAAUAGUCCCCGAUUAGUUCCACCUAGCACUAACUAUCCCAUUCACACUCCAAAUACAGGCUAACAAAGCAUGCUGCAACUACCAGUGUGCCAUACAAGAUCUCUGACUAUAGAGCCAUGGAAGAGAGAGUUACAACAACGAGUAAACCUUUGAUCAUGAUAUUGAGAGUAUACAUCCAUAGUUCCCAAACAGUUUCAUUCAAGGGGCCACAGAGCAUGCAUAGCUUAAUAUCAUGUUUUAUACUAUAUUUUACUAUAAUAGGAGCCCCUGCUGGUGCAAUGGGUUAAACCCUUGUGCUGGCAGGACUGAAGACCAACACAUUGGAGGCUCGAAUCCAGGGAGAGCACGGCUGAGCUCCCUCUAUCAGUUCCAACUCCCCAUGUGGGGACAUGAGAGAAGCCUUCCACAAGGAUUGUAAAGCAUCAAAACAUCCAGGUAUCCCCUGAGCAACAUCCUUGCAGACAGCCAAUUCAUUCACACCAGAAGCAACUUGCAGUUUCUCAAGUCACUCCUGACACGGAUAAAAACCCCACUGUAAUAGGAGAUAUUUUAAAACAUUUCUGCAGUUAAUAAUUGUUUUAAGGCUUUCACAUGUUACAGAUAAGAUAUAUCCACAAUGUCAGUUAUAUUGUUGAUGCUACUAUUACAGAAUCCUGGAAUUUGUAGUUGGGAAUCCUCUAAACUGCAACACAAAACCUGUCUAGGAAUAAAUUCCAAGUAUUUUGCCAAACCACAAAUUCAAGGAUUGUAUAGAAUGGAAUUAACAUUAUGCAAAUUGCUAUAACUGCAUAGUGUGGAUACACUCAAGGUCUCUGAACUUUUGAAAAAUCCCAGAUGCUAGCAUAAAUCACCAUACGUAUGUACUGCAGUGUAUAUGUAUAAUCAGUAUCAUUUUGGUCAUUUGGCUUUCAUGAUUGGCCCAAUGAUAUUCUGGAAGAACUCUUGAUUCUUUUCAGAUUUCUUCACAAUCAGUUAUAGCUGCCAUGUUGUAUCUAAAAAUUGGAUUGAGGCAAACACUAGAAGUAUUUUGUCCCAAAAUGCUAUCUAAAGGCUCUCUCUCUCUCCAGGCAUAUUGUUAGAAAUAGAUUUCUUCAAGGAGGCAACUCAAAAUGGUGGUUACAAUUCAAACAGAACUGUCAAUUACUAUAACUUCAAAAAUGUACCCAGUGGGACCAUCUCACUUUUAGCCAACUGUACUGUUCAUGGUGGUUGAUCAUUAUUAUGAGUGAUAGUAACUUCUGCAUGAGUGAACAAAGAGCAAAAGAGAGGAAGGGGCCCUGUCUCCUUAGAAAAAGAAGAUUGCCUUGGCAACAAAGAAGCGAUAGGUAAUGUAUUUAAUUUUUGUAUACAUGUGUAUGCAUGUUUUCUAAUGACAUAAAACAUACAUUAACUCACACAGCUAUGUGGAGGUGUAUGUAUACACACCCAUGCACAAUAUAGAUGCUUGGUUUCUCCUAGUGUUAUGACUUGAAAGUGCAGCCAGCAACCGUUGUGGGAAAUUACCGUUGCUGCUAUGUGUGGGUCUUAAAAGGGUUUCUUUUGUUAUUGUUGGGGAACAGUGUGAUUUGUUAUGUCUUCAAUAAAUUAAACUCAGAUACAUGUGAAAUGAGAAAAAAUACAUGGAAAAAUA